GUCCUCCCGCCGCUGCCGCUCCCGGCGGGAGGCUGAGUUUGAGUCGCGGCCGCGGCGGAGCCGCCGGGCGGGAGGGCUGAAGGUUUUGAAGCAGAUGUUGGAAGAUGUUAGCUGUGGACACUGGGGUUGUGGAGGAGUGGUUAUCAGAGUUCAAGACACUACCAGAAGCAUCCAUAUCCAGCUAUGCUGCUAGCUUGAAAGACAGGACUGCUUUGAUUUCAUCUCUUUAUAAAGUAAUUCAGGAGCCACAGAGUGAACUUCUGGAGCCAGUUUGCCACCAGCUCUUUGAGUUCUAUCGCAGUGGCGAGGAGCAGUUGCUGCGGUUCACGCUGCAGUUCCUGCCAGAAUUGAUGUGGUGCUAUCUUGCUGUCUCAGCCAGCAGAGACCUGCAGAGCAGUGGAUGCAUAGAGGCUCUUCUCCUAGGAGUUUAUAACUUGGAGAUAGUUGACAAAGAGGGACAUAGCAAAGUGCUGAGUUUCACAAUUCCAUCUUUAUCCAAACCCUCAGUCUAUCAUGAACCUUCCAGCAUUGGCUCCAUGGCUCUCACUGAAGGAGCUUUGUCACAGCAUGGAUUGUCCAGGGUUGUGUACAGUGGACCUCAUCCUCAGAGGGAGAUGCUGACAGCCCAGAACAGGUUUGAAGUGCUGACUUUCCUUCUGCUCUGUUACAAUGCUGCCUUAAGCUACAUGCCUGCAAUGUCUCUUCAGUCAUUGUGUCAAAUUUGUUCAAGAAUUUGUGUCUGUGGAUAUCCUCGCCAACAAGUGAGAAAGUACAAGGGAGUCAACAGCAGGAUUCCAGUUUCAUCUGAAUUCAUGGUGCAAAUGCUGACAGGGAUCUAUUAUGCCUUUUAUAAUGGAGAAUGGGAUCUGGCUCGGAAAGCUAUGGAUGAUGUUUUGUAUAGAGCACAGCUUGAACUCUAUCCAGAACCUCUGCUGGUUGCUAAUGCAAUAAAAGCUUCACUGCCUCAGGGUGCCAUGAAAUCUAGUAAAGAAGGUACAAGAUGCAUUCAGGUUGAAAUUACACCUACUUCAUCCAGAAUAUCAAGAAAUGCUGUGACUAGUAUGUCUAUAAGAGGCCAUAGAUGGAAAAGGCAUGAACAACCAGAGAAUGGUAAUGAUGCUACUGAAUUGGGCAACUUUAUCAUACCUGAGAUUAGUGUCACAAGUGUGUCUGGAGAGAGGACCGGGAAUGGGGAAAAGAGCAGAGCUCUAGCAGAGAAUGAUGUUCAGCAUUUACAGGGAGUACAGGAAACAGCUACAGAUCCUAGAACUGACAGCAAAGGCAUGCCAGAAAUCAGGAGGCAAAAAUCUAUAAUUCUGAUUUAGCAAUUGAAGAAGAACUGAUAGAAGUAUCUGAAACCGAUGAGGGGUUUUACUCUAGGGCUACUUCUGGUACAAGUCAGUCUGCCCUGUCUAACAGCAGCACCACGAGCAGCAAGAGCCUCUUAGGGAAGAGCCAACGAAGGUCUGGAGGAAGCAAACCUGGAGGAAAGGAAAAAGAAGGGGAAACCUGCAGAGAGCAUUUAUCAAGGAAACAAACUCAGAGAGCCAUGAGUGAGAAUCUAGAGCUUGUCUCUCUGAAGAGACUGACACUGACAACCAGCCAGUCCCUGCCUAAGCCUGGCAGCCACAGCCUGGCCAGAACGACCACUACUGUGUUUAGUAAAUCCUUUGAACAGGUCAGUGGUGUCCCACUUCCAAAUAAUCGUGGUGGUGUCUCUGGUACAGAGGCAAACAGGUUUUCAGCUUGCAGUCUUCAGGAGGAAAAAUUGAUAUAUGGAACAGAAAGAACAGAUCUUCCUAUUUUAAGCAAACAACCUAAUCAGCAGCGACCUCCUAGUAUUAGCAUAACUUUGUCAACAGAUUGAUAUUAAAUUGGCCAGUAUAAAAAAUAAAUUACUGAGACUUUAUCCUGAUACUGGUACAUUAAGCUCUUAAUAUGCCAUUACUUCCUUAAGUCUCAAACCCAUAAAUUCUUACUUGGCUCGUGUUUGACAGUAAUAGUGAAUAGACAGCACUUAAAAUUAUUUUGAGUCAACUUCUGUUAGCUUCACAGCUUCAUGAAAAGUUUAUACCAUCACCAGCUGAACAAGUGUUAAUUAGUUGGUUGUCACUGACCAAGGUGUGUGGCUUCUUACAGAUGUACCAUGUGGGAACAAAGAGAGUGUCUCUCCCAGAUUCUACAUUCUGUCUUCCACUUGGCAUAGGCAAAACUGCAAGUACUCAGGGAUUUUUUUUAGGAGGAGUCUUGCAGUAUUGUCAUGCAAUUUUGGAAGAGCAUUGGAAGAACAAACAUUGUCUUACAUGUAAGGUUAAGCUAGAAGCAUCAGUUGGGUGUUUGAUGUUCUGGUGGCAUUUGUAUUGGUCGUUAGUACGUGUAGCAGUGUUCAUACUUCUUUAUGCCUGUGUAAGUCCAGUUUUAGAUGAAUUUUGGUUUACCUGUAUGUCUUCACAACUGGGCCUAAACUAAUACAGCAGCAUUGCUUGUGGCUGGGAGUUAUUAUCAAUUGCUGUAAUAGUCUUUAGACUUAAAAAUUAUGUGACUGACUCUUUCUUCAGGAUUCUUAAAUAUCAGUUGCAAAACUGCUCACUGAAAAGUUGGUCAUCAGUAUUUUUAUUGUCUGUGGGGAUGAGAUGUGCUUGUGUACCAAUGUUAUGUAGAAGUAUGAGCCCUGUGCACUGACUCAAGCAAAUCAGGAGUGUGAUUGUGCUUAACAUGAAUUUCAUGCUUGAGACUAAGAGAAUACUACCAAAGGAUGUGUACUUUCAGUAACUUGCAAGCACAAAGGGAAACUAUUAUGUAAAUAUAACUAGCACUGUAAUUCCUAGGGGUUUUUAUACCUAUUAUUUUUCUAGUUUGAAAUUCCAAACCAGCAACCUCUUCAAGGUCAGGUUUCACCUAACCUUUAAUCUCCAGUGAGUUUGACAACUGCUUUUAUAAUGUUAAGAUUUUAAUUCAAAAUGGACAUUAAAACUUCUUAUGCAGAAAUCUGAAGAAGCAGUUGCUGACAAAACCACUCCAGUAGCAGUUAUUAGGUGCUGAACAGACAAUAUAUUAUUAUGAGUGUAGAAGUAGGAUGAAGAUCUGAGGCAUAGUUGCUCCCAACUGUCCAGAUUUCUGCAGCUGUUAAUCCAUUAUUGUCAAGAACAUUGUAGAAAAAACAAACACUAAAAUUCUGGUAGACUUUCCCAUUUUCUUGGAGAUAAGUUUUGAUACUUUUGACUUAAACUGAAGCACAAGUAACUUGUAAGCAGCUAAUGCUGUUCAGGUUUACAGCAAUUAAUAAGCUGGUUAAUUAAUGAAAAGAGUAGGUAAAUUGUAUGAUUGUACUAAUGAGACCACAGACUGGAUGUGUACAUUCCUAAAAAUUCACCAAAGCAUGCAGAGCACCCCCAUCAGUCUGUAGGGGUUCAUAUUUACCUGAGAGCCUGAGUUUAAAGGAAUAUGCCAUAAUUUCUCAUUCUUCAUUUUGUUGUAUGACACUGUUCUAUUCUAGUAAUGCAGUACUUCACCUUUUUACAGUGAAGUAUUUUCCUAAUUUUACAUGAAAACUUAUAUUCCUAAUGGAUAAACUACAGAUUUUGCCCUGUUUAGUUUUUUAAUACUUUGACCAGUGAGAAAAACUGGUUCUUUGAGGUUAUUUUUCUAAAUACUUUCUACAGCAGAAAAUUUAGCCUCUUUUUUAUAGGUUUUUCUGCAAUACACAUUAGACAGGACAUUUGUUUCACAUUGACUAAUGCAUCUGGCUGCUGGACAUGCAUGACCACAAGCAACAGCAGGGUGUUAGCAGCUGAUACCAGGCAUUGGCUAUCUCUACACACACUGAAUAUAGAGCUCUUCCUUCCCUUGAAAUUUCAUCUAGAUGCUGCAAAGAAAUAACCUGCAGAACUUAACAGCAGUUUUCUGAUCUUCUUUUGCAGUGUAGGUUCUAAAGAAAAAAAAUUGCAGUGAUUUAAAUUGACAUAAAACUGGAAUAGAUAAAUAAAAUUGCAGUAGACAAAUAUUUGUUGUUAUGGUAUUAGUUGUGAGGUAUUAUUGAGGGGAUAGAAUUUCUGAGAUUUCUGCUGGUUUUGCUUUGUAUUGUUUAACUCAUAGUUGUUUGUUACCUCCAUGAUAGGCACUCUUUCAAGCUGGGUGUUGGUAUAAAAGAUAUUUAUUAUACUGGGAAGAUUCAGCUCUAAAUAAUUAGGAUUUCAAAUUAGGAUCUGAAAUGCCACAAAGUGUAGAUAUGUAACAUAAUAUUUCCAGUACUCUUGGCUACAAGCCAAAUGGUGUUGAAAUGUAGUUAGUUCAUCCUUUUAUUUUAUCCAGCUGGUCUGGCUUGAAACCAAGACAUAGGCUCAUAUUGGUACAAGUGAAAUAACAAAAAUCUUAAUGCUUUUUUGAGAAAAUGAUGAAAAGGAAAGGUUCUUGGUACUAAAGACUGUUCUGUCCAUACGUGUGUGGCUUCAUAUAAACACAUUUGUGUUGGUCUCUGGAGUAGCUUACCCAGUGAUGAGUGUGUUUCUGUGAGCUGACAUCACACCCUCAUACUGAUGGAGUCUAAAGAAUUUCUUUCCUGAGUAACAAAACUUUGAGUUGUGAUUCUUUCUUCUCUUAAAAAUUGAAAAGUUUUUUUUAAAAAAAGCACAACGGGGAGGAGUGAGGGCAAAAUUCCUUGUUGUCCAGAUAUCCAUGGUGUAGGAUUAGGAAGGGGGUGGGAAGAGUGGUGGGGGAAGUAGGGCAGGAAGCAGAUAUUUCUAAAAUUGUCACACUCUGGGGGUUUGAGCAUUAUCCAAUCACUUCAGACUGUCAAAUGGAAAGUCUUUGUUAUAGAUGUCUUCUAAGAGUGUAAAGGAAACCUAUUAAGACACCACACAUUACAGUCUGCCUGGGAGUGGGUAGGUCUGAUGAAUACCUUCCAAACAUACACAGCUGCACCAUUCUGCAGGGAAAAUGUUGUGUAGGAGUGAAUCAUCUCACAUUGUAAAAGGAGAAGUUGUUUCAAUGCUGACGUUUAUAACUGACCUUACUGUUCCAAAUCAGAGGGCACUGUUUCCAAGGGUGGCUUUGAACAGCAACACUUGCAAAACUCAUUGAAACUGAGAAGAAUUAUUUUUGUUGUGAGAAUAUGUAACAUUUGUGCUAAAGGUGUAUGGCCUCUAACCACUUGCUGUAGAGCUGCAAUGACUUUUCUGAAUGGAUUUGAAUGUCUUGAAUUGCCUUGAUUACCUAACAAAUUUGAAAGGUACAGAAAUAGAGCUAUUUUAGCCACACUUCUCUCUAAGGAGGUUUCCUAUGAGAAAUUCUAGAAAUUUCUAAUGUAAUUGUCCAAUACCUUUUGUUGGUGUUUGAGGCUUACAGUGCUGUAUAUAGAUGUAUAAUAUAUUGCCUUUUGUAUUUGUAUAAUUCUACUUCUGAGACUAGAUGUGCACAUUUGAUAUUUCCUACAUCAGUCUAUGGAUGCCUGUCUUCACAUGAGAACCUGAAUUUAAACAACUGCCACACUUCCAAUCUUCAGCUCAUUAUGUGACACUGUUUUAGAAACACAGUUUUUCACCUCUUUUGCAGUGAAGUGUUUUCUUGAUUGUACAUGAAAACUUACAUUCCUAAUGUAUAGGCUACAAGAUUUGUCUUUUUAGUGUUUAAUAAUUUUGGCAGUAAAAUAAAUUUGUUUUUUUUU